UUCAAUUACUCAUCAAUAACAUUCACUAAAACUCCUUUGAGCUUUGAUUUAAAUAGAAUAAGCAUUGGCAGUUCAAAACAGAAGUAGUUGGAACUCUCUGGAAUAGAAACUCCAUUAGUGCCGGACGUCGCAGCCUUGAUUCGUUUGUUUGAGCUAAACUUGAAGCAUAUAGUAACCUUGCAAAAUACACGUAGAAAAGAAGAGAUAGAGAUGACUAGAGGCACACUAGAAGUUUUGCUCGUCGAUGCUUCUAAACUCAAAGACACCGAUUUUUUUGGUAAAAUGGACCCUUAUGUUAUCAUUGAAUUCGGUAAUCAGAAGCGAAAGAGUACCGUUGCUCGUGACGAUGGAAAAGCACCGCUGUGGAACGAAAAAUUUACCUUUGAUGUGGAGUAUCCAGAUAACAUCAGAGAUGAACAUCAUCAGUAUAAACUCAAUCUCACCAUAAUGGACAAAGAUAGGUUGAGCAGGGAUGACUUCGUAGGUGAAUCGACGAUUUACGUGACGGAUAUCUUAUCAUUGGGCGUAGAGAAUGGAACGUCUGAAAUUAGAACUAGCAAGUAUCGUGUUGUUCUACACAACAAAACCUAUUCCGGAGAAAUUCGAGUCGGCAUUUCAUUCACCCGAAAGGAUGCCAAAGGAGAUGAUAAAGCAAACUACUUGGGAGGAUGGAAGCAAUAACUAAAAUGAUUUUAUUAAACUUAAGGAUAAUUAAUUAACCAAGAAUUUGAAUUUGUAAUUUUGUGAAUUUUUAAUUGCUAAUGUAAUUCAAUUGAUUGUAUCAAAUUGUUUUGUCGAAUUUGUUAACCUUAUUUUAUACAAUGAAUUGAGAGUGUCACUGUAUUUGUUAA